AAUGAAUGGCUACGGAUCGCCCUACCUCUACAUGGGGGGCCCGGUGUCGCAGCCCCGAGCGCCCCUUCAGAGGACGCCCAAGUGCGCUCGCUGCCGGAACCACGGCGUGCUCUCCUGGCUCAAGGGACACAAGCGCUACUGCCGCUUCAAGGACUGCACCUGCGAGAAGUGCAUCCUGAUCAUCGAGAGGCAGCGGGUGAUGGCGGCGCAGGUGGCGCUCCGCAGGCAGCAGGCGAACGAGAGUUUGGAGAGCCUCAUCCCGGAGUCGCUGAGAGUGCUGCCCGGCAUGGCCGUGGCCGGGAGUGGAGAGGGCACCCAAGGCGCACCACCGCGCUCUGGAGAGAUAGACCUGAGGUGGGUGAGCGAUACGGGGACAUCACAUCCAGCUAAGGACUUGAGUGAUGACGUGUCAGGUGACCAGUCUGGAGGGGAAAACGGCAGCACCACCAGCGACAAGGAGCAGGACCAAGCCAGCUCCCCCGAGGAGGCCAAAUCUGGCUCGUGCUACACCCCCGAGCCCGCCGAGACCACGCCGCAGCCCGACGACAGCCCCUACGGCCUGCAGAAGCUCGGCGCCGAGCCGCCCGAGCCCAAGUCGGACAGCCCGCGCUACGCCGGCGACCAGAGCCUGCUGAUCGAGGGCCUCUCGGGCUCGGUGUCGCUGCCGUUCAACCUGCGGGCCAACCGGCCGCCGCUGGAGGUGCUCAAGAAGAUCUUCCCGGGCCACAAGCCGGCCGUGCUGGAGCUCAUCCUCAAGGGCUGCGGCGGGGACCUGGUGGGCGCCAUCGAGGUGCUGCUGUCCAGCCGCUCGGCCCUCAAGCCGGACAAGGUCCAGGCGCAGGCCGAGGCCUCCUCGCCCGGCGGCGGAGGCGGUGGCGGAGACGCCCUGGUCCUGCCGUCCGCCGGGCCGCUCUUCGAGCACGCGCUGGGGCCCUACUCGUUCUCCACCUCGUCCUCGUCCGCCUCGGCCACGGCUUCGGCCGCCGCUGCCGCCGCCGCGUCCAAGUGGUCGGUGGGCUCGGCCUUCCGCGUGCCCGACUCGCUGCGCUUCGCGUCCGAGUCGGCUUCGGUGGGCGGCGUGAUGCCCGGGCCGCUGGGCAUGCCCCUGCAGCACCCCUUCCACCCGCAGCCGCCGCGCUACCCGCUGAUGCUGCGCAACUCGCUGACCCGGGGUCAGGCGGGGCCGUUCGUGCACAACGACGUCACCCUGUGGAACACCAUGACGCUGCAGCAGCAGUACCAGCUGCGCUCGGGCUACAUCUCGCCCUUCUCCGCCGCCUCGCACGCCGGAAUGUUCCGCGGCUCGCCCGUGCUCUCCUCGCCCCCGCCGCCGCCGCCCCCCUCCUCCCGGCCCUCGGAGGAGCAGCAUCGGCUGACCCUCGCCGAGGACGCCUGCCCCGUCGUCCCCAAACAGACUCUGUACGCCGCUGACGAGGACUAUGACGAGCGGUCCGACUCCUCAGACUCUCGGAUCUUGAACUCUUCGACCUGACAUGGCUGGCUCGGACCCCAAGGUAACACAAGACAGUGGAGCUCACAAGCCAAACCCACUCACCCCCACGAUGUGCAAAGAGAUGUUUUUUUUGUUGCUCUACUUCGAGAAAAAAAAUAUUAAAAAAGUGUUUGCUUAAUCAUACACUACAAAUCCCCCACAUACAAAAAAACAAUCAACACUAUGAAAUGACUAUGACCAAAAAGUGAAUGAUAUGGAUUGUGUCUGUUUGUGAAAAUCUGUAUCUCUCUGACACUGCAUG